AUGGUCAACGAACAAGAUCAAGAACACCUCCGCCUCGCCGUCUCACUCGCCCAUGAGGCUCUCAAAGCAGGCGACGCCCCCUUCGGCUCUGUCCUCGUAUCUUCAGACAACAGAGUCCUUCAAACGGACCGCAAUCGCACCGUCACAGGUGCGAACGGCGAUGGCCGCCCUGAUUCAACUUUACACCCAGAGUUCACUCUUGCACGGUGGGCACAGCUCAACCUUAGCGCUGAAGAGCGCGCCAAGUCCACCGUGUACACAAGUGGAGAGCACUGCGCGAUGUGUUCUGCUGCUCACGCGUGGUGUGGACUUGGAAGGAUCGUGUAUAUUUCCUCAACGAAGCAGUUGGAAGCAUGGAAGGACGAGUUUGGAGUCAAGGGUCCGGUUGCACCACUGAGCAUCAACGAAGUUGCUCCUAGAAUUAAGGUCGAGGGGCCUGUGGAGGAUUUGGCUAAAGAGAUCUAUCAGUUCCAUGUUGAGAACUGGAUCGGACAAGGGUUCAAGUCCAAGUCUCAGGCUUGA